GAGACUACGUGGCCCGAUAGGGCAAGAGCUGAGCAGGGACAGAAUCCAGCCCCAGGGGGGUGACCCGAUCGCCCCGCAGAGUAGGGAAGGCCAGCCUCGCCCUGGGUGCCCUUCCCCCACGAUGGGCGUACAGCCCCCCAACUUCUCCUGGGUGCUCCCGGGACGGCUGGCGGGGCUGGCGUUGCCGCGGGUGCCCGCUCACUACCAGUUCCUACUGGACCUGGGCGUGCGGCACCUGGUGUCGCUGACGGAGCGCGGGCCCCCUCACAGUGACAGCUGUCCCGACCUCACGCUGCACCGAAUGCGCAUCCCUGACUUUUGCCCGCCGUCCCCGGAACAGAUCGACCAAUUUGUGAAGAUCGUGGAUGAGGCCAAUGCCCGGGGAGAGGCUGUGGGAGUGCAUUGUGCCCUAGGCUUCGGCCGCACUGGCACCAUGCUGGCCUGCUACCUGGUGAAGGAGCAGGGUUUGGCCGCAGGAGACGCCAUUGCUGAGAUUCGGCGCCUGAGACCAGGAUCCAUUGAGACGUAUGAACAAGAGAAGGCCGUCUUCCAGUUCUACCAGCGAACAAAAUGAGAGAUUCAGCAGCCCCCCUUUACCCUCCAGGACUCCUGCUGCCGGGGAGGAAGGGGCGUGAACUGAAGUACCGCAUCCUUCAGCUCCCUCGGGCUCCUAUUGGACAAAAGUAGUCCUUCCCCCAAGCCAUAACCUGGCCCCAGCAGGAUGGCUGAGACCCCAUGAAAUUGAGGUAAUAACUAAUAAGAACUCAUCGCCACUGCAGAGCAUGUACCCAGCACGCCCAAUGAAUGCAUCAGCUUCCUGUAGCCCUGGGUUGGUGAAAAGACAAACAACACUUCUGUUCUUUGGAUGAGGCCUUUGGAUGAGGCCUUCAGAAAGGCCUCCGGUCACAGUUGUAGGAAUCAGAAGGAUGGGCCAGGACUCCAGCACUCAUUUUUGUCGCCUUGAAGAUGAUAGGAUUCUAGGUGCUGUUCCCCUGACCUGAUGGGCUAGAGGAGAACUGCUCAGUGAAAAAGAUCCACUGGCCAAAUGGCCUCCCAGCAGCCUCAGGGCUCUGCACUCCCACACCGGCAGUGCCCCGUUGACAUCACCCCUUAUGUAGGGUCAUCUGUCCUACCUGAGCCACCUUUGUUCCUCUCAGGAUGCAGAAGACCUGCAUCUCCUGCUCACAGAUGAGGUCUCUUUCUGUCUUGUCUGUUUCUUCCCCCCCGCCCCCCACCACCACCAUGUCCCUCUCCUCCUUCCCUCCUGGUCCCCCCUCUCCAUCUCUCUCCUCCUCCCCCUCCAGGGCUGGCCACCUCUUACCAGCCUCAGAGCUGUCGCUGGUGCACAGUUCUCUGCUCUUCUGUCACCUCCAACCCCUACGUCAUCCCCAGACUCAGACCACAGAACUUCGUCUUGGUGGUUACAGAGUGGCUAUCAAGUGAUCAAAUAAAUAACUCCGGAACUAUGAA